AUUUUAGGACCUUUUCGAACAAAAAAAGUGGGCAAAAGAGAGGAAAAACACAAAGAAAAGCAUGAAAUUGGUGGACGCCCGAUGCGACUUCUGAUGCGAUCCUGAUCCUGGCCAGAACCGCGUUCGAGCGGAGCACGCACACACAGUGACCCAGAGUCCCCAUCACUCAUCCAUCAGCACAGAGAUCCAGUUUCAGGCGGAGAUCAGGCGGGCAGGAACGGGGAAAAUGCACGCUGCAUCCAUGACGACGGUGGAGGGUCUGCUGCAGGAGUUCUACCAGCCGAGCACCUCGAAUGCCAGGAAGCGGGAGAUCGAGACGAAUCUCCUGGCCUUCAAAUCGCAGCCGGAGGCGUGGCAGCUGUGCCUCCGUGUGGCCACCGCCUCGGAUAUCACGGAGAAUCAGUUCCUCUGGUUCUUCAGCACCUCCACGCUGGAGCACACGAUAACCAGGCGAUGGACGCAGUUGAGCCCCACGGACAAGACGCAGUUGCGCGAAUCGCUCUGGAAUUCGUAUGCCCAACUGGGCGCCACUCCAAAUGCGGCUAAAAGACAUCGGGAUACUUUGGCCCAGCUGAUUGCGCUGCUCGGGAAGCGCGAGUUCCCCGAACAGGAUCCCAACUACAUGCAGCACUGCCUCGAGCUGACCAAGAGUCGCUUCCAGCUGGGCAUCAACCUGCUGCGGAUCACCUCCGAGGAGGUGGUGAGCAACCGGGGCGAUCUGACCACCGAAUGGAAGCAGUACUUCUACUCCUGCAUCUCCAUGUGUAUUCCCGAUGUCCUGGACCUGGUCACCAAGUAUCUACUAAUCGCUGUGUGCCACAUCAAUGGCAAAGACAUCCAAACGACCAUACCAAACACCCUCAUGGACUUUAGUCUAACCUCAGCGCUGCCAAAUGACAAUCAACUAAGUUCCUCUAUUUUGGAGCUGCUCGGCUGUGUGCAGCACUUGGUCUCCUGGAUACGCACUGAACUGAUCUCGGAGUACUUCCUCAUGAGCAUACUGGACCUCUCCCAGUGGCGACCCGCCCACGAGCCCAUCUCCCUGGCCGCGCUCUCUGUUUUAAAUGAGCUCCUCUACCUUCAGAAGCCAUUGCCCUUCGCUGGGACUUUAAUGGGCGGCGUUAGUAGCCUUUUGGAGCAGCACAAUAACAAUCGGCGGCAGAGCGAGAUGUAUAGCGACAAGUUCCGGGAGCUCCUGCGCCUCUACACCACCAAAUAUGCCGGCAAGCUGAUGCAGGAGCCGGAGCUGCUCGAGACCUUCCUCAAUCUGCUCUACGGCUGCACCACAGAAUUACAUGGCGCCUUGGACUUCACCGAAAAGCUUGAGAUAUGGACGCCCAUCAUCAAGGGCAUUGCCCAACAGCCCGCCAAAAUUACGCGCUUCAACCAUGUGCUCACCCAGCUGGUGGAUGAGAUCAUGCGGCGCACUCAAUUCGAGGCCAAUAAACCCGAACUGGAGGUGCUGGACAACGAGCUCAUGGAGGACGAUACCUCCGCCACCGAGUGGCAGCAGUUCCUGGACCAGUGCUUCGAGUCCCUGGCCCUGCUGGCCAACACCCGCGGCGCCCACAUCGUCUUCGCACAGGUCUACAACCACUGGUCGCGGCCGCAGAUGUAUUUGCUGUCGCUGGAGCACGCCCUGGAUCACGGGAGUGCGCGCAGCUACGAGGCGGCGCGCAAGCUGAAGGGCGCCAAUGUGGGCGAGAUAUUGAGAGACUUCGCCACCGUCUGCCAGGCGGUGGUGCGUCUGGCUCCGCUGAUGGACACCUCGUCGGCGGCGCCCGGCGUGGCGGACGAGAUGGAGUGCCAGCUGCAAAUGCUCUCAGACAGUCUUCUGCAGACGCUGCAGCUCCUGGCCAGCAAUCGUUUGGGUAGCGGCGGCAGUGAAAUGGAUAAGGCCACGUUUCAGACUGAUUUGGAUAACCUAUACGCUCAAGUUCUGCUGGCCAUCAGGAGCAUCUUUCCGCUAACGAAAGCCAUGAGCGGCGAGGAGCUGCUGCACAGACUCUUUGCCAUUUUGGGCAGCAUCUUUGCCUGCAAUGGCUCUUUAUCGGCAGCCUCGCCAAUUGUACAGCAAGCGGCCAGCGAGCUGCUGCUCUUCAUCUCGACUGUGAUACGGCCCAAGUGCCUCUUGGAUAUACCGCAAAUCCAGAGCCUCCUGCAGGCGGGCUCACGCCUGGGCGCCCAGCUGCCGCGCCAGGUGUGCAUCAAUGUGCACAUCAGUCUGGUCAGCUACAUGGUGCUGCCGUGGAAGUGCGUGCCCGAGCAGCAGCAGGACUAUCCGCGCCGUCUCUGGAUGCUGCGCGAAUAUGUCCAGGGGCUGGCGCAGAACUUUCUCGAUCUGGAUUUGGGCCAGGCCAACGAGAGCAAGGUGGCGGCCACGACGCUCAGUCUGUUGGGCACUUUCACGGCCCUCAUCGAGUAUUUCAAGGCCACCGGAGGCAAUGCCAAGGAUAUGCUGGCGAGCACAUUUAAGCCCAUUUUGACCAAGGCCCUGAUGAUCUUCAACAGCUUCGGGCUGAGCAGCAUUGCCAUGGCCAUAACGGUGGCCGAAUUUAGUCUCAGUAUGCUGCGCACAUUGCCCACCCAUUUGGGCGCCCAGUUCAUCAAGGAGAUGAUCACUUUGUUCAUCAGUGUCAGCAGCAGGGAACAACUAACGCUGAGUCGACUGGCUGUGAUGGAAAAGAUACUGCAGAUGUUCAAGCUGAUUGUCGAGCAGCCGGGCAGCGCCUCUUUGGGCCUGCUGCCCUCCAUUUUGGACUUUAGCACUCAGCAGAUUUUGCCGCUGUUGCAGCAGCAAAAUGCAGCCACCGAUAACAGCGAGAUUACCAGUCUGCUGUACGCUUUGUUUGAUAGUGUGCUCACCUGCAAGUGGCAGUUCUUCUACAAGAAUCAGCUCUCCAAUGGGCAUAGUGGCUCCGGUGGCAACUUCAACUGCAGCGACAAUUUGCAUCCGGCCCAUUUCAUGGCCAUCCUAAAUGCCUACGGUCAGAUGUUGGUCAGCGGCACGGAUCCCAGCAAUGUGCGCAGCGUUCUCUUCUCCAUGCAGAAUGUAAACGAACGGAGUCGGCUGUAUCAGCGUGCUUUGUUCAAGGAGCAGCUGCUGGCCUCCUUUCAGCGAGCGCUGCUGAAUUUGCUGCUGAGCGGAGAGGGCUCGCUGCACUUCGAUAUGAUUGCCCAGGCCCUGUAUGCGAUGGGCCAGGUGGACCGACGCCAGUUGCUCGAGAGCUUUGCCCACGCCUCGUUGCCGGUGGCGCAGACGGCGCUGGAGGAGAUCUGCCAGACAAGUGACAUUCCAACGUUUACGCAGAAACUCACGCAGCUCAUGCAGGACGCCCACUGUGUGCAUCUCAAUGAGACGGCGUAGGCCCUACUACUCAGUACUUCCACUGCCCCCCAUUCAUCCUCCUCCUCUUUUUAGUUUGUUCAUUUAGAGUGCUUGCUUGUAAAUAGAAUACUUAAUCGUUUUAUGUUUUGUUUAACUUUUUAAUUUACUUUGCCGUCGCUUCGUCUUGUAUGCCAUAUGUUUUCCGUCACUGUUUGUGUCAUCUUGCUCAGUUUUUGAUUCCCCUGUGUAACCCACCCACUGUAUCCCCACCAGAUUGCGUUUGGUUCCUUCUUUGCGCGAGGUUGUGUUUCCAAUUAGGAGAUCGAACAGCAUUCAUCCCGAUUGAUAAAAGACAUUAAUUGUUAAUAUUAAAAAAAAAACGAAAAACAAAAAUUCUUUAGCUUAAAUGCAUACUUAUCUUUAAUUUUAUGUAUACCACGUAACAUACAUACGAUUACUCUGCUUUCUGUGCUGUCACCGCAAAUCGAUAAAAGUCAUACCUAUAUUCUUAGUAGCAUAUAUACAUAUUAUAUACAUAAAUUAAUUAGCAUAUAUCAAUAUGUAAAUCAGUUACGUCAUAAGCAAGUAAAAAGUAUCAAGUAAAACAAAAAAAAAAUCAAAAAAAAACCGGGAAGGAGACGAAAACCCAGCCACACAUUCAUGUAAUUUAUUCUGCGAAAACGAAACAACACACUACACACAAAUCCGAGUCGUUUUAACACUUCGUUUUAAUGAUUUGAUUUCUAAUCGCUUAAGUCCCUUCAAUCAAAAAUUCAAUAAAACUAUUUUUACCAUUUUAA